GGAAUAAAUGUGAUAACUGCCUCAAAUAUGCGGUUCAACCUUUUUGCCAGAAGAGAUAACGUUUUAAAGUCCUGUUACUGAAGUCAGGAAGAAAAAAGUUAAGGUUGAAAUCGUAAGUUAGUCUUGUCAGUGAUAGAAGAGAGAGCAAAACCAAUUUUGGCUAUCUCAUUGGGAACAUUGGUUUUAGAAUCAGAGGUGGCCUGUUGUGAAGAACAUAGUCCGGGGUAAGCGUUGUCACUCACUACAGACAGACAGCGCAACAGGAGGAUACACUUAAAGAGCGACGAAGCGCACGAUGGAUCGUAAAAUCCCUGAUUUUGCUGGUACUUGGAAAAUGAAAAAUUCCGAGAACUUCGAGGAGCUUCUCAAAGCAUUGGGUGUGAACGUGAUGCUGCGAAAGAUUGCUGUGGCGGCGGCAUCCAAGCCAUCUGUGGAGAUCACGCAGGAUGGAGAGGACCUGUCCAUCAAAACCUCCACCUCUGUUAGGACCACCCACGUCACCUUCACCGUUGGACACGAGUUUAAUGAGACCACUGUGGAUGGCCGUCCGUGCACGAGCUUUCCUCGCUGGGAGACGGACAGCAAGAUCAGCUGCGAGCAGACCCUACAAAAGGGCGAGGGGCCGAAAACCUCAUGGACCAGAGAGCUAACCAAUGAUGGAGAACUGAUUCUGACCAUGACUGCAGACGACGUCGUGUGCACACGUGUUUAUGUCAGAGAUUGAAAGUAGGAGGAAAAGGCAAGAUAACUCAUUUCCCCAGUUAUCCACAAUGAGUGUGAUUUGAUAUAAUCCAUUUCCUCUAACCCCGAUCUCAUCUUUCAAGCUUUUUUGUUGACAGUGUAUUUGAAUAAUACAUCAGAGAGCCAUGCAAAUAAAUGAGCUGAUUCAGCUCCUGAUAUUCCAGAAAACCAAGCAAGGUUUAGGCAAAGUUUUUUGAUCCUGACAAGUCAACUUAGAAAAAAAUCAUUUUGGGCUCAAAAGCACUUUUAAGCGUCAGUAUCUACAAAUUUUUUUUGGAGUUGAAUGGGAACUUGCCUGUGAUAAACCAGUCUGUCAUAAUCCUUGUUACCUGUUGAGAAACAGCAUUAAGACAGUGAGUGUGUUUUUGUAUUAUAUGUUGUCUAAAUAUGUCUGUAGUUUACUCAUUAAGUCCUCUUUUUUUAUUUUAUCAAUCGUGAUAUCAUCUCCCCAUUGCUAAUGCUUUGUAUAUAAUUUAGUAAAACAAACCUCAGUGUAAGGUUUUCAUCCCAGAUUAUCGUUUUUUCAUUAUGUUUUUAUAUAAACAAUUGCAUUGCUCAUAUCUGUGCAUGUCCAAUAAAGGUUACUGCCAACUGUAACACAA